AUGGAGACUGUUGAGAGGAUGGUACACCCUGGGCCUAAUGAAGAAGCACUGGAGCUGAGCUGGUCCCUGAGUGAUGAAGAAAAGAAGAUAAUCUUGGAUGGGCAUAACAAAUACCGCUCCCAGGUCUCUCCUCCUGCUAUGGAUAUGCUGAAGAUGAGCUGGGACACGGAGCUGGAGGCCUUUGCUCAAGCCUAUGCAGAGAAGUGCAUCUGGGACCACAACAAGGAGAGGGGACGACGGGGGGAAAACCUCUUUGCUAUGGCCCCAACCCUGGACCUGGAAUUUGCUGUGGAAGACUGGAACGGGGAGGAGAAGUACUAUAACCUGACGACCUCCACGUGUGUCCCUGGACAGAUGUGUGGUCACUACACCCAGGUGGUCUGGGCAAGCACGCAUCGGAUCGGCUGCGGGGCAAAGUUUUGUGAGAAGAUUGACGGAAUCGAAACAGAGGGCAUGUACCUGCUUGUUUGCAACUAUUACCCACCGGGUAAUAUGAAAGGCCGAAAGCCGUACAAGGAAGGACCCUCAUGCUCACAGUGUCCCGAGGGCAGAGCCUGUGUCAACUCCUUGUGUGAACCCACUGUAGAAGAGACCACUCCAGCCUCUGUGACAACAAAGGCAAGCCCAUCACCCACAACCACAGCCACGCCAAAACCCACAACCACAGCCAAACCAGAACCCACAACACCAAUACCCACCACAGCCAAGCCACCACCCACUACCACGCUCCCAACCACAACUGCAGCCAAGCCACCACCCACUACCACGCUCCCAACCACAACUACAGCCAAGCCACCACCCACAACCAUGCUCCCAACCACAACAGCAGCCAAGCCAAAACUCACAACCACGCUCCCAACCACACUCAAGCCAUCACCCACAACCACACUCCCAACCACAGCCAAGCCACCACCCACAACCACGCUCACAACCACAGCCAAGCCAUCACCCACAACCAUACUCCCAACCACAGCCAAGCCAAAACCCACAAUACUGGCACCUAUCACAACGACAGCCAAGCCAAAACCUGCCACCACACUCCCAACAACAACCCCAGCCAAGCCAAAACCCACAACACCAACAGCCACCACAGUCAUGGCCAAGCCAAUCCACCAUGCCAGUACCCACCACCACUACAGCCAAGCCAAAGCCCACUAUGCUAACAACCACCAUGCCAAAACCCACCACAACCACUAUUACAGCCAAGCCAACACCCACCACACCAACACCCACCACAACCACUAUUACAGCCAAGCCAACACCUACCACACCAAAACCCACCACAAUCACUAUUACAGCCAAGCCAAAACCCACCACAACCACUAUUACAGCCAAGCCAGCACCCACCACACCAAAACCCACCACAACCACUAUUACAGCCAAGCCAACACCUACAACACCAAAACCCACCACAACCACUAUUACAGCCAAGCCAACACCUACCACACCAAAACCCACCACAACCACUAUUACAGCCAAGCCAACACCCACAACACCAAAACCCACCACAACCACUAUUACAGCCAAGCCAACACCUACCACACCAAAACCCACCACAACCACUAUUACAGCCAAGCCAACACCCACCACACCAAAACCCACCACAACCACUAUUACAGCCAAGCCAACACCUACAACACCAAAACCCACCACAACCACUAUUACAGCCAAGCCAAAACCCACCAUAACCAUCACAACAGCCAAGCCAGCACCCACCACACCAAAACCUACCACAGCUGUGGCUAAGCCAACACCCAUCACACCAACAUCCACCACCACUACAGCCAAGCCAACACCUGCCACUACAACAUCAGCAAAGCCAAAACUCACCACUACAGCACCAGCACCUACCACAACAGCAAAGAUACAACCAAAAACUGCCACAAC